AACUGUUUAUAACUGCCUGUUUUUGCUUAGUUUGUAUCAUAUUGAGUUUGACUUAAUCUUGAUGAACUUUGUUGGAAUACUGCAGUCAAAAUAUUGGUGGCAUGUCUAGUGAUUUUUUUAGCCAGAUGUUUAUUCAUCUUGUAGCGUCCCAUAUGUACUUAGCCUAAUAUGAUUCCAUUACUUGGCGGUUCCUUGGCCCAGUUGGGUGUAACGUACAGAUGGGGUUAAAUCGCUCUGCGUAAAAGGACCGCACUCUCGGAGGUCUUCCCCAGAGCAAGUGUCAGCGCAGAGGUUGGCUCGAGCCAAGCGGCGCGUGCGCUCUUCAAAGCUCCUACAUGGCUGCUUUAAAAAUAUGUAUUAAUCUUGUUUUUUUUAUUUAGCAAACAUUUUGGGAACCAGCAAUAUGUCGCAUUGGCUCCUUCGCCGGAGAUCAGAAUGGGAUGAUUUUCUUUCCUGCGUUAAAACCUACGACCAACAUGCUUUUGCAGUCGAGGAUUUCACUGUUGUGGAAUGUGUUCUGAUGCGCAUUAACCUCUGGUCGACAUUUCCUCUUCUGGACGUACCUACAUCCUACUUUAGAUUUUUUUUACCCUCUUGCUGGGAUUUAUGGAAAUAAUAUUGCUUGGUUGGUCGGUUUUGUUAGUAAUCAGCUGGCCUGAAAUAUGAAAAUCCUUUGAGAUGAAAAGCAGCACUUUUGGGGAUCAUCUUUUGCUUGUGCGCGGCUCCUGCCUGAUAUUGCGCCUCAACAGCCUGUUGUCUGUGUCCGAGGAGAAACGCACAACUUUGACGGGAGCCGGUGCGGGAGCCGGAGCCGGAGCGAGGGCUGCAGCUGGUCUCAGUGGCACACUAGGGGCAAAGGCGGGGGGCCAGCAGUGGCACCGACGGCGCGGCCCCGCUGGUGGGCUGUUGCGCUGUUGGACGGGGGAUCCGGCGCAGCUGUGGAGCGGGGAUGACGAGGUCGACCGGGAUUAUGAUGGUGAUGGAUGGCCCGACAGCACGAGCAGGCACCGGGGUCUCGCCGCCUCUGCGCCUCCUACUGUGCGCUCUCCUUUUUCUCCCGCCGUGCGCUCACUCGCACCCGCAGCCGUGCCAGGUGCUAAAGCGGAUCGGCCACACGGUUCGGGUGGGAGCGCUGCACGUUCAGCCCCGCUUGAUGUCAACAGCUCCUGGCCGCGGUUCUGAAGACGCAGAGGGAGCUUUGGCGAGAGAUCAGCCGCAGGAGUUGGGAAAGCCGGUUAGAACAGGUGCCGGCGCGCCCGGAUAUGGGAACCUCAGGACUCGAGCCGCCGCACACAGUCAGCGGGGCGCAGGUAGGAGUAAAAGCCAGGCGAGACAGCGGGACGGGAAUCCCCCGAAGGAGGAUGGCGUGUUCUCACCCCGGGAGUCGGUCCUGCUAGCGGCGGAGGCUCUGAACCGGGCCGGGUUGCUCCCUUACAAUUUAUCCCUGGAGAUUGUUAUGGCAGUCGGAUCCACGCUGGGCGAGCUGCCGGCCUUCUCCUACUCCUCCACGGGCAUUCCCGAGGACGAGGACCCGCUGUCUUUCCUGGAGAGCGUGUGUCACACGGUGGUCGUGCAGGGGGUCUCCGCCAUGCUCGCCUUCCCGCGGAACCGGGACGAGCUCGUUAAGUUGGAAUUCGUUUCUCUGGCGCUCAAGGUGCCAGUUGUCAGCGUCGUGCAGAGGCAGUUCCCGCGCCACAGCGAGAAUGCUCUUCAUUUUCAAAUGGCAAUGCAGACGGUAGCGGCCCCCCCGUCGCAGCUCCUCUACUAUCUGCUGAUGAUGAAUGGUUGGUGGGACAUCAGCAUAGUCCUCUGCCAGGAGUGGAAUAUCAAUGACUUCCUUUUGCUCAUCAAGAACAACACCCGUUUCCACUUGGGCACUCUGGUCAAUCUGACAAAAACCACAUUGCCGCCACUUUCAUCUUCGCUAUCAUCCUCAGCAGAGGCAACAAGUGCCCCUGUUGGGGUGGAGGUGCUACCCUCAUCAUACCUACCGCCAACUGCAUCGUCUUAUUCAUCAAAUUCUUCUUCUAAGUCAGACCAGCAGCAAGGUCUCAUGAGGCAGCUGGAGGCCUUGAGGGAACAUUCGUCCACGCGAGGAGUGGUCACAUUCGGGUGCGACAUCCGGGAGGUGCGCCGACUAUGGACACUGGCGACGCGGAUGACUCUCCCGGAGUUUCACUGGGUUUUGGGGGACAGUCAAAACGUGGCUGAGCUUAGAACAGAUGGAUUACCGCUUGGGCUACUUGCACACGGCGUGAUGGGAUCCCCUUCUUUGGAUCAUUAUGUUCAGGACUCAGUGGAGUUUGUGGCGCGAGCAGUGGGCAGUGCAGCCCCGGAGAAUCCUGCCAUGGCACUUAUACCUGGAACUACGAACUGUAUGGAUGCACAGCACAGUAAUGGCAGCUCAGGAGAAUUCUUGGCAAGAUUUCUGUCCAACACAUCAUUCGAGGGCCAGAGCGGUUUUCUAUCCAAAGAAAGCCAAAGUCAGAAUAUCAUCUCAGAGGCCCACCACUACAUCUGGUCUCUCCAGCUGGACCCUCUUGGCCAGCCCACAUGGACUCGCCUGGGACGCUGGCGCAGAGGGAGAGUCCUGAUGGACCAGGGCGCCUGGCCGAGUCACCACGGGUCUGGUAGCGGAGGAGACUGGCGCCGUUCUGCGCGGCUGCACAUGCGGGUGGUGACGCUGGUGGAGCACCCUUUCGUCUUCACCCGUGAGGUGGACGGAGAUGGGAUGUGUCCAGCGGGCCAGCUGUGCUUGGACCCGCUCACCAAUGAGACAACCGUUUUGCAAGGCCUUUUCCAGAAGCUGUCGGGACAUAACGGAUCCGUCCCUACAGAGCUGAAGAAGUGUUGCUAUGGCUACUGCAUUGACCUGCUGGAAAAGCUAGCGGAGGACAUUGGCUUCACUUAUGACCUGUACAUCGUUGGUGACGGGAAGUAUGGAGGGUACAAGAACGGUCGUUGGACGGGAUUGGUGGGGGAUCUGCUAAGCGGUGCGGCCCACCUGGCAGUGACGUCGUUCAGCAUUAAUUCAGCCCGAAGCCAAGUCAUUGACUUUACAUCACCCUUCUUCUCCACCAGCCUGGGAAUUCUGGUCCGUACCCGUGACACAGCGGCACCCAUUGGCGCCUUCAUGUGGCCCCUCCAUUGGUCCAUGUGGCUGGGCAUCUUUGUUUCCCUCCACGUCACCGCUGUCUUCCUCACCCUGUACGAGUGGCACAGCCCCUUCGGAAUGACGCCUCGUGGACGCAAUCGCAACCGUGUCUUCUCUUUCUCCUCGGCCCUAAACGUAUGCUACGCAAUCCUCUUUGGAAGAACGGUAGCCAUCAAGCCCCCCAAGUGCUGGACUGGUCGCCUGCUGAUGAACCUCUGGGCAAUCUUUUGUCUCUUUUGCCUGUCCACCUACACUGCCAACUUGGCUGCCGUCAUGGUCGGGGAGAAGACCUAUGAGCAGCUGUCAGGGAUACAUGAUCCAAAGUUGCACCAUCCCUCUCAGGGAUUCCGCUUUGCUACAGUGAGAGAAAGCAGCGCAGAGGACUACGUCAAGAAGAGUUUCCCUGAGAUGCACGAGUAUAUGAGAAGAUACAAUGUCCCAGCAACACCAGACGGCAUACAUAAUCUAAAGGCUGACCCUCAGAAACUGGAUGCAUUCAUCAUGGACAAAGCCCUGCUGGACUAUGAAGUUUCCAUAGAUGCUGACUGUAAAACACUUACAGUGGGGAAACCUUUUGCCAUAGAAGGCUACGGCAUUGGCCUCCCCCAGAACUCUCCGCUCACGUCCAACUUCUCAGAGCUUGUCAGUCAGUACAAAUCCGACGGCUUCAUGGACAUGCUGCAUGACAAAUGGUACAAGGUCGUGCCCUGCGGAAAGCGCAGCUUUGCUGUGACCGAGACACUGCAGAUGGGUAUAAAGCACUUCUCUGGUCUGUUUGUGAUGCUGUGUGUAGGCGUGGCCUUAUCUCUUUUGACCACGAUAGCGGAACACAUUGUGUACAAGCUGGUGAUCCCGAGGGUCAAGGAGCCACGCUCCAAAUACUGGCUGCACACUAGUCAGAGAUUACACAGAGCCCUCAAUUCAGUCUUCGUCGAUGAUAAAAUACCAACUGUUACCAAGCCUGAAAAAAGGUGCAACGAAGGAAACAACCAGUCAGCAUCUUGGAAUCCUGCAGAAACCUCCCACUGCAACAGGCGAAGGUUUCUUCCACAAGAUAUUCAGAACGACCUGGAACAUCCAUCCUCCCAGGACCUCGCACCUCCAUUGCCCCCUUCCCCUCACCCUCAUCCCCAUACUCUUCCCUUGCUGGAAAAACACAUGCCCAUAGUGACAAGCUCUAACGGUCGCUCUGACCUGUUAGGCCGUGUGUUGGGCCAAGGAAAAGAAGGAUCUGCCCAGGCCACGACGCAAUGUUGCAGUUUAGGAGUGGGUGACUGUGGACUGGGCCAGGUUGGGCGAAACCCACUGCUGCAGGAACUGUCAGAACUUGAGGGUCAAAUCACAGCAAUCAAGCAGCAGCUACAGUCAGCAAUGAGGAGGAAGAGAGAGCUUGAACGGUACCAGUCAGAAAACCAGCAAACAAACCAGACUUCACCGAGUCAGGCCUCAACACACCAGUCCAACCAGGUUUGUCAGUACACCCAGUCCCACCAGCAGACUAACCAACACACGAACACACUCCCAGACUUCUGAAGCCAACCUUUCCUUGUUUUGUCUAGAGAAACCUUAAUGCAGGGAACAGGACUCCCAAACCCUUUUGGAUAAGAGACCCUGCUUAGGUUAUGGAAAUGAUACACACAAUUUCUGAUACCAUGGUUCUCAUUUAGGUACAGGAGAGUCCCUAAAUGUUGACCUGAAAUCUUCACUGUGGAUCAGAUUCUGCUCUAUGACUCCCAACUACGACAUUUUCUGACCUCUGGAAGGUGAGAAAUAAUGAGUGAAGAAGCGGACAAGGGUGAAAGAGGGAUACUGAACCCUAACCCCCCGCUUGUUGUGUCAAUGAGGAGCUGUGCUUUCUCUGUCCUCUCAGCCUCCAUUGCAUUCUUCUCAGAAUCUUUUGGCUUCUUUUUUUUCACUUUCCAUUUUUGCUGAAGACAUCCUUUUGUCCCCGGAAUAUCUUACCUCUGAGAUAAAUCCAAUCUCUUAUAUAAUUUGCUUGCCAGGGUGAUAAACUUGCUCACUGGUAGGAUGACCCUUUGCGGUUCAAGCUUGAUGAACUAUUUCACCAGUAUGUUGAAUGUCUUUGAGCAGAUAAUGACCUGUAGAUGAACCCAGCCAGAUUAGUCUUUAUGAGCCUGUGUCUUGCACAAACCCCGUAUCUUUCCGCCAUACAUCCCAUCGGGAAUUGGUAGACAUGACCUUCAAUGGCUUAAUUUCUCAGAUCUUUGUCACUGCAUUUAUUGCAGUAAAGGAGAUUGCCUGAACAAGUCUUUUGGACGUUAAGGGAGUUGCUGUUGCAAGAGAACAAAGAAAAAUACUGUAUAAAGCAUUCACAAGACACUUUCAUAAAGAACAACUGGUUGGCACCUACUGUUGCAGCGAAUUCUAUGACAACUCACCACAGUACUUCUGAAUCACUGUACAAUGUUGGUCUUGCACUACACUGAUGCACUCCAGGUUUACUAAAGUCACUAAUGUGUCAGAGCCAAAACUGUGGCCUAAAGUCAUCUUAUUGUGGGCUCACAACAGACCGGGUUAAACAGUUUCACCUUGGAGCAUUCUGAUGCUCUUGUACUAUUGGUGCCAUACAAACACUGAGUACUACUCGGUCCUUGGUGCCAACCCAUUAUUCAACAAAAAAAACUUAAGGUUAAAAUGUUAUCCACUGUUUUGGCUCGGACAUGUUACUUAAUGCAAAGAACAUUUACAACUGAACACAGCAGAACAAUUCCCUUGUGAUUAUUUUCUUGCAUCUCUUUUGCUUUGGGUUGGACAUGAUCCGUUAUUAAAAAAAUAAAAAAAUAUCUUCUUUGCA